AUUGUGAUAUAAGGCAUGGGUUUUGACAGACACACAGAUCCUGUCAAAAUGUCCAAGGGGCUUCUCCUCCUCUGGCUGGUGAUGGAGCUCUGUUGGCUUUAUCUGACACCAGCUGCCUCCGAGGAUACAAUAAUAGGGUAUUUUGGUCAGUCGGUGACUUUACCUUGUCAGUACUCAUCCUGGUCCCCGAGCCGCAACAGCAUGUGCUGGGGCAAAGGUGCGUGUCCCAAGUCCAAGUGCAACGUGGAGCUUCUCCACACAGAUGGAAGGAAAGUCAUCUCCCAGAAGUCGAAAAGAUAUACACUUCGGGGGAACAUCCGGUCUGGUGAUGUGUCCUUGACCAUCUCAAACGCCAAUCAAGGUGACAGUGGGGUGUACUGCUGCCGUAUAGAGGUGCCCGGCUGGUUCAACGAUGUCAGGAAGACUGUGCGCCUGGAGCUGAAGAGAGCCACAACAACCAAAAAACCAACAACAACUACCCAGCCAACCACCACCCCUUACGUGACCACCACUCCAGAGCUGCUUCCAACAACAGUCAUGACCACACCUGUUACCACAACCACUGCACCACCCCAGACAGUGGCCACCACUGCCUUCAGUACAGCAGUGAGCACAUACCCCUCAACGACACCUGGCUCCUUCUCACAAGAAACCACAAGCUUUCCAACCACGGAGAUCUUCACAAAAGGGUCCGCCAUCACUGCAGAAUCAGAAACUCCGUCUGCAUCCAAUCACUCUCAAAGAAGCAUGAUGACGUUAUCUACAGACAUAGCCUUGCUCAGACCCACAGGGUCCGAGGCUUGGAUUCUCCCAUCAACUUCACAGCUGACGACACAGAAAACAACAUCACCACACAAUACUCCGAAGGGGGGGUCUUCGAAGAAGGGAGCUAGAUCACAUCAGAUCAAUCACAGACAGACCAACACCUUGAUCAUUGCCUGCUGUGUGGGGUUUGUGCUGAUGGUGCUAUUGUUUCUGGCCUUUCUCCUUCGAGGGAAAGUCACAGAAGCCAAUUGUUUGCCGAGACACAAGAGGCCAGACAGCACUGAAGAUAGUAAGAGCGUGCUCAGUGACAUGACACACAGGAGGGAUGAUGAAGAUGGGAUCUUCACUCUCUGACUUACUCGCCACCUUUACUUAGGUUCAAGGAUAGGGGAUGGUACUUGAAUUGUCAAAAUGGGACAUUAUAAUUUUCUUUUAAAGUCUCACUCUGUUUAUUGAA